AUGCGCUCUAGAUACACAUACGCCAUCGGCGAGCCAGAAAAAUUACUGCGACAGGGCUUGGAUGCAGGUUUACAAGCGCGGCAAAUGGUUGACGUGGACAACCCCUCGAUAGAUGGCUUGCAGACGCUCUUGUUGCUCUCGCAGACUUUCUUCGCCUAUGGAUUAGGGAAGAAGGCCUACAUGACAUUGUUCGUACUGGACCUGUUCCGUGAAGUGCCCUCGAAAGCUAAUAUGUCGCCUCAUGAGCGCGAGAUGAAGCGUCGACUAUUCUGGUCCGUAUACCUCUUAGAUCGCUUUAUUACUUGCGGGUCUCGUAGACCGUCUCUCAUUUCCGACCAUUCAAUUGUCCUGCGUCUUCCGUCUUGGUCACCACAUGCCGCAGGUCUCAACAUGGAAGGAGAACUUUUUCAUGUUGGACCUAACAUCCAAUACUCAGUUGACUCGCGAAGUAAACACCCAAGCGUGGCAUCAUUAUUAAUUGACAUCACCCGAAUCUUGGGAGUCACAAAUCGGUACUUGGCCGCUGGCGGCGUCAAGGGCGACUCACAUUUUCCUUGGCAUGCAUUAUCAACGCUAUCAAAGAUUCGACAGGAGUUAGACAUAUGGGCAGCUGGGACGCAAGAUGUUUUUGCAUCAAUCGAAGCACUGUUCGGCCACCGGGAAAGCACGACACUGCUCCUCAGCAAGUUAAUCUACCACCUCGUGCACUGUCUGCUAUACCGGCCAUUCCUACCCAUUGACCUCGUGGAGUUAAGAGGCACUGGCCAGCACCAGUCAUGGCAGAUCGAGGCAACAAAUCUUUGCUUCUCACAUUCCAACGCGAUCGCCGAGCUCGUCGAGCUGGGUCGUAAUUAUCCGCUUGUAGAGUGGCCUGCAUUCAUCAGCUACUGCGUAUGCACCGCUGGCACGGUCCAUGUCCACGGUGUGCACUACAAGGGCCGAGAGGGCGAGGUAUUUUCGUCCAGUGCGGAGUUCCUCACUCGCGAGAUGCACCAACUGGCCUGGCUACGUAAUGCGUGGGCUGGCGUGCAGCAUCAGCGUGAGCUGCUUCAGAUCAUAUAUACUGCUGCUCACUUCCUUGAACGACAAGAUCAUUAUUACCAACGACCGAUGGCGCCACCAUAUCAAGCCCCAGCAUUCUCUACUGGGUCAAACCCUCAAAUACGAUCUACACAAAACCAAGACUCCGAUCUACGAACAAAAUCACACUUCAUGACUUCAAAGUCACUUUCCAAUAAUGAACCAUUCUCACCAACCUUCAACUUCCUUCAGUCAGCCUCGCCACCCUUGUCCCUCUCCUCCAUCUUCCCACUCCAAACCCCAAGCCCUGGCCAAGGAGACAUACCCUCAACCUCCACACAAUCAGAAAACAAUCUUUCCCAGCUCAACGUCUUCUCACCAACGACAUCAUUUGCCCUUUCCCCAUCUGCAUUCCUAAGCGAUUCACAACUAAACAUAGUCCCAACCUCACACUCAACACUCCAAUAUGCUACUUUCCCCUUCGACACCUCUCACAAUCUCAAUUACCCCGGAAGCACGGCUCUAACACCAGGUGCCCAGUCUCAGACUAGUGGCUCGCAUACAGCAGGUAGCGAGACUGGGGGCUUGGAAACUGAUCCGUUCCUUAUUUUGUUGGAGCAGCUUGCGGAAAACGAACAUUCACUUGGUGGUCCUAGUGAGCUUGAUUUCUUUUUGACGGGAGUUGAACAGGAGUCUGAUCCUUUGCCUGAGAAGGAUAAGGUUGAAUCGGAAAUAUGA